AUGAUUUCCUGUUUAGCAAUUUUUUAGUGUUAAAUAGUCAGCAACCUCAAUUCCUUGUUUUAAUACCUGAUAUUGCCUUAUCAUAUUGAUUCAACUAAUUUUACUGAUUUUGAGUGCAAUACAUUUGGGUUAUGGAGUAGAUAUAAUCCACUUGGUAACAUAACUUAAGUUGGAGAUUUAGGAGUUUUAGAUAGCAAUUGUUAUCAUUUAUUUAGUAUAAGAGAAUAAACAACUAAUGAACCUAACCUAAUUUACUAUGAUUGUUUGGACAUUUAAAUCCAUUCUAUAAAAAAGGUCUUAAUAUUUUACGAUCAGAAUCAAAUUAUUUCUAAAUUUGAAAUACCAAUAAAUACAUAAGAAUAUGAAUCUAAAUGGUAUUUUUUCAAUUUCAUGAUUAUACCUAAAAUUUAAAAAUUUCAAUUUGCAAUAUUUUCAUAAACAAACCACCACAUUUUUUAUGAACAGGUUGCUGUAGAGUUUCCAUUUAAAGAUGUGAAUUUAAAUAUUGUUAUUGGAGGAAGCUUAAUUGUAAACAAUAACCAAGUGUUGUAUAAUUCAGAAACUUCAAAACUUUCUUUUUUUCCAGGAAAAUUUAGAUACCUACAUCCUUAUUUUUUAAAUAAAAGUUUUGAGAAAUGUGAAUUAUCUACUUCGGAAGGUUAUAAUAAAGAGUUUAAUAAUUUAUGUUAUUGCUAAUUAAGUUAGUUUAAUUUUUAAUCCAUGAUAAAUAUAAAAAAUUUAGAUGUAAAUUAUUAUCAUAUAGAAUUUCCAAAUUGUAAUGCAUUUAGAUUAUAAAGUUGGGUGAGAUUGACGAAUAUAAAUAUCUAUAAUUAAUAGAUUCUAUAUUAAUUAAUAAAACUUUGUGCAAAUUUUUAGAAUUAAAUUUUGAUUGAUGAAAAUUUAUCAGCAUUUUAAUUGUUUUAUAAGUUAACUCACUCUCAUAAUUAACUGAUUGUCACUACAUAUAGUUAUACAUUUCCAUCAGUAAAUAUGGAUUUUAAAAAUAAUCCUUUUAUAAUUAAAAAAGAAUUUGACUUGAAUCAUAAUAUAUCUAAAUGGCAUUAUUUGGCAGUUUAAAAAACUGAAACUUCAAUAAUUAUUUAAAUAUUUUUUUAUGAGGGUUUGAAAUAAUAUUCAUAUGUAUUUGAAAGUUAAGUAUACUAAUUCCAAAAUGUUUAAUUUUAAGUGAUUUAUGGAAAUAUAUUGAAAUGUUAAAAUUGUUUAAAUGUGUAAAUGAUGGAAUUUUCAUUUAAUAAUUGUGUUUACUAAACUCCCUUUAAAAAUGAAUGUCAUAAUAAUUGUAAAGAAUGUGAUGGACCAACUAAAUCAGAUUGUUUAUCCUGUUGGUAAUCAUCAAAUAGAAUAUAUUAAGAAGAAUUUAAAUAAUGUAUAUGUCCUUAUGGAACAAUUGAUUUCGGGGAUUAAUGUUAUGAUUAUAAUAUUGAAUAAUUAAAUCUAGAUAAUCAAAAUUUAGAGAACUCAAAAUGUCCUUAUAGUUAUUUUGAAAAUGAUGGUUAAUGUGUUAGAUGGUAAUUAUAUAAUCUUAAAUAGUCCUUCAAUCAUACAAGAUUUAUAGGUAACAUGUAUUGAAUGUUUAAUUAAUCCAAAAGGAUGGAUAAAUAAUCCAUAUUGUGAAUAUGAUUAUAUUUCUAAUAAUAUCUUAAGUCCAUUCUAAUAAAUAUAAUAAGUUAAAACAUAUUAUCUCUUUGAUGGCAAUGAUUUAAUUUUGUGUAAUAACUGUGAAAAUUCUUAUGACUUAUUUUAAGAUUAUAUUUCAACAACUAAAAAAAAUUGUUAAUUUUUAAAUUAAUGGACAAUUAUGGAAGAAUGUUUUAGUAAUACUUUUAUAGAUUGUGAUUUUUUUAAAAUUUAAGUAGAAGGAACUUUAUGUAUUGAAUGUAAGGAUAACUACGAAAAAGAUAAAAAUUAAUGUGUAUUAUUUUAACCUUUUUUGAAGAUCUAAAUUUGUGAGAUUCCAUAAUAUCGUAAUUAUUUAAAAAAAUGUGAAUUAUGUCCUAUAAAAAACUGCAUUUAUUGUUUUGAUUUUAAUUUAGAUGAUUUUACAAGAAAUACUUUAUCAUUUACUGAUAUAUUAUUUGAUAGUGAUGAAGCAUUUUAAGUUGGAUGUGCAUUAUGUUAAGAUGGAUUUAUUUAUGAUUUUAUAAUUAAAGAAUGUAAAUAUAAAGAUCCAUCUAUUGAAAAUUGUCUUAGAUCAUAUAUUAAUGUUGAAAAUUAAGAAAUUUGUACUUUGUCUUAAUUAGAUGAUUUUAGUAUUGCUCCUUCAAUAAUCAAUUGUCAAAAAUACAUUAAUUAUUGUGAAGAAUGUUUACUUACUUAUUCGUAAAUAUUAAAAUGUAUUAUUUGUGAGGAUGGAUAUCUAAUUUCAACUAUAACUGGACUUUGUUAAAUUGAUUAAAGUCUAUCAAAUGUUGCCAAAUAUUUUUCUUGUAAUAGAGGCAAACAUGAAGCAUGGAUUUAACUUACUUAAGCUUUUGCAAGAACAUUUUGGAACUCAAUUAGAUUGAAUUCAUUAAGUGAUUGGAAGUACGAUAUUUGUCCUUUAAAAUGUUAAGAUGGAUAUAAAUUGUAAAAAAAUAAUUGUAUUAAAUAUUGUGAUUCUGAUUGUUAAGUAUGUCAAAAAACUACUAUUAAAAUAGUAAGGACUAUAUACACUUGUUCACUUUGUUAAUUAAAUUAUUAUAAUCAACCUAUUAGAACUGCUUAACUUGAAAAAUGCUUAAUUUGUCCACCAUUAUGUAUAUUAUGUUAAGAGAGAUCUACUAAUCAAAUACUUGUAAAAAUAAAUAUUAUCAUUUUAGUAAAUCAAUAAGUAUUUCUAAAUCUCAGAUGAAAAUGACAUAUAUACUUAAAUAUGUCUAAAAAGUAUUUUAUCACCUAAUGUUUAUAUUGAUCCAGAUUUACAAAUCUCUAGAUACUGUUAUCAUAAUGAAUGUGAUUCAAUUUUUGAAAAAUAUGUAAAUUAUUUUUAAUUUAGCUUAGAUCGAAAAUGAUUGUGCUUUAAUUUAAUUUUAAACAAAUUCUAAAAAAUUUAUUGAAUAUAGUAAUCAAAUAGGCCUUAAAUAUUUUGCAUUUAUUUUAAAUUUAUUUGGAGAUAUAUCAUGCUCAGAUAUAGGAGGCUUUAAGAAUAAUUUGAAAGAAUAAAUUUUUUCUCUUUAGAUGCUUAUUUUGAAAUUUUAAGGUAUUUUAAUCUAUGAGAGUUAAAUAAUUACAAUUUAGAAAUAUGAUGAAAUUGAAUUUACUAAUUUAUAAAUAUUUAUUUAAAAUGACUUUUAAGCUAAUAUUUCAAAUAGAGAUUCACCAUUAAAUUUUAAAAUUAUUGAUUCCAAAAUAUAUUCAACACAACAACUACUUUUUUAGAUUUCAAUUAUUGUAGAAAAAUGUGUAUAAUUUUUCAUAAACAAUUUUCAAAUUUUAAAUAUUAGAAUUACAAACUCUAAUUUAUUUCAAAUAAAUUACGAUUCUAAUUUAAAUAAAAAUACCUCUUUAAAUAAUUUACAAUUUUAAGAUAGCGUCUUUUACAAUUCAAUUUUAUAUAAUUUAAUGAAUAUUUAAAAUAAUGUACUCAUUGAUUAUCUCAUAAUAGAAAGAUGUGAAUUUAUAAACUCAACAAUUUUCUAAUUUGAAACAUAAUAUUUUGAAUAAAAUGUUAGUGUAAUAAUUAAACAAGUUGUGAUUAAAAAUUCAAUAUUUAAAAAUUCAAGUUUGAUUUUAAAUAAUAAAAAUAACAGAUAUAGGAAAUUAUGGAUGUAAUCCUUUUAAUUUUUUGAUAAUUAAUUUUCUAAUUGUGAAUUCAUAAAUUUUGAUUAAAAUACAUUUGCAUUUGACUUUGAAAUGAUUUCAAAUAGUUUUAUUUAAUCAAUAUUGUUCUCGAUUAAAGUAUCAAAUUUAUUUUAAAUAAAUAAACUAAGUGCAAUUAAAAAUUAAUUCAAAAAUUUUAUAAUUUUAAAUACAGAAAAGUAAACCUCUUAAUAAAGUAAUAUUACUAUUAUUAAUCUUGAUAUUAAAAAUAAUAUUCAUUUUGAAGAUAUGUAUAAGCAUAUGUUUAUUGUGAUUUCCUCGACGAUAUAAAUUUAUAAUGUCUAAAUAGAAAAUACAUAUAAUGAAAGAUACUUUUAUAUGUUUGAUGUUUAUCAAAUUAAGAUGUAGAAUAUUUAAUAUAAAAAUGAUAUUUAAUAAUUAAAAAUUCCAUAAUCAUCAAAUUGUUUAAAAAACAUUAAAAUGCAUUCUUAAUUGAUAUAUGUAUUUGGAUUUUAAAAUCUUUUAAUUGAAAAUGUUUAAAUUUUUAAUUAAUUAAAUAUUGAUGUAUCUAUUUUUGAAAUAUUGUCAAAUACCCUUGAGUUAAAUUAUGAAGUAGAAAAAGUAACAUUUAAAAAUAUAUCUUUUUAUGGAAAUAUUUUAUUGAAAAUUGGUUAAGGUAAUUUAUUUUCACUUAUAUCAAUCUACUCUGAAAAAGAAUAAGAAAUAGAAUUAGAAAAUAUACAAUUUUAACAAAAUGCAUUUAAUUAAUAUGCGAUUGAUCCGACUAAAAGUUCUUCAAGUUUGUUAUUUAUUAAUUCAUUUCGUAGUUCAAUUUUAGCAAAUAAUAUAACAUCAUAUUAGAAUGUUAUAACAAAUUCAACAUAAACAUUUAUUUUAAUAUUCUCUAAAUAAAUAGAAAUUACUAAUAUCAAAGCUUAAUAUCAUAAUUAUUUAGAAGUAUAAUUUUGGAAUUAAUAUUAUGAUAUAUUUUUAGAGAGUAUUUUUACUUAAAGUUAAAUAAAUUACUUAAUUCAUAUAAGUUAUUCAUUUAGUAAUAAAGGAGGUUUAAUGGAAGUAAAUUCUUAGUAAUUUUCUCUUACUAAUGGAUUAUUUUAAUAUAUAAUUGCAUAAAGUAGCUCCUUAUUUAAAAUAAUAUCAUAAGGAGAUGGAAUUAUAAUUAUAUCUGAUUGUAAUUUUCUAAAUGCUGAAAAUUAUGUACAAUCUAAUUUAGAAAGUGAUGGUGCACUCACAAUUGAUUCUUCCGGCAGUUUUUUAUUUAUGGCAUUGAAAAAUUUUACCUUUGUUGAAAUUGAAAAUAAAUUUGCACCAUCUGUUUUUUCAAUAUAUACAUCACCAUAUAAAAACAAAAUCUUAUUAGAAAUGAUAAAAAUAGAAAAUUGCUAUUCUUUAAGAAAUUCAUUUCUUUAGUUGAAUUCUGUAUCUAAUUCUAUUAAUGAAAAUCAAGUUCUUAUUGAUAAUUUAAGAAUAAUAAGUACUACUGAUAAGUUAACUUAAUUUCAUAAUAAAUUAGAUUAUUUAGAACCUUUGUUAUUAUAACAAAUAGUAAACAAUAAUGCAAUUAUAAAUAUUGCAGGUUGUAAAGUUUAAAUAAAAAAUUUAUAAAUUGAAGGAAUUCUUAUGUUGCCCUUGUUUAGAAUUGUAGAUUGUUCAAGAGUAGUUUUAAUAAAUAUUUAAAUAGAUGGUAUUUAUUUAUAUUUUCAAUAAUCAUUAAUACAAAUAGAAUAAAUUGAAUUCAGAUCAAAUACUAUUUAAAUUACAAAUAUUAUUAUCUAAAACAUAAAAAUUGGUGAAUUUCAAAAAUUAAAUCUUAGCUAUAACUUUUAGCCAACUAUUUCAGAGAGCUUUUAAAAAUGUAAUAAGAUUAAAUUUAUAUAUACUUAAAGUUACAAUUAAAUAAUUAGAAAUUCCUCCAAUUUAUUCUAAUAAAUAAAAUUACGUAACAAUAAAGAAGGAUCUCUAAUUUAUUUGAAAAGCUUUUAAAAUAGCACUAAAAUUCAAAUAUCGUCUCUUAAGAUUUUAAAUAAUGAUUGUUAAAUAUGUUGGAAUGGUUUAAUAUAUUUAUAUUUAAAUGAUUUUUCUAAUAUAAUGAUUCAGGAUUUAUAAUGUAUAAAUAAUAUUGUUAGACAGUUUGGAUGUAUCAAUGCAUUUGCAGAUUAAAAAUAAAAUGGAAAAAUCAAUAUAAAAUAAUGUAAUUAUAUUUACAAUUAAGGUACUUAUGGUAUAGCUAUAUAAUCUAAUUAAGUAUAAAUAUAUUUGAGUAAAUCAAAAAUUUUGAAUAAUACUGCAAUUUUAUUUGGAGGAGGACUUUAUUUAAAAUUAUAUUCUGAAGAUUUUAAAAUUUAAAAAACAAUAAUUAUAUAUAAUAAGGCAAAAGAAGGAGGUGGAAUAUAUUUAAAUGGAACAAGUAGAUUAAAAAAAGAAAAUUUUAAUUAAUCAUUAAUAAUAUUAAACUUUGCAUUAGGGUUUGCAAAUAAUGUCAAAGAAUCUGCAUCUCAUUUAGAUUUAAAUAUAAAUAAUCAAUAAAUGAUGUUUACUUAAUAAUAAAUUGGGAAUAAGUCAAUCAAGAUUUUAAAAAUGAAUACUUAUAAAAUUGUAUCUUAAGGAUAAAUGCUUUAUACAAAUGUUUUAAUGAUUCCAAGCAAUUAAAUAAUAUAAUAAUAUAGAAUAUAUGAUGUUAGACUGUUGAAAUUCAUCUCUUAUAUUUCAUAAGUCUCAAUAACUUUUAAAAAUUAAAUGGAUGAAUAAUUAAGAAAUUUUUCAAACACAUAUUGUACGAUAGCAUAAUAGAUUUAGGAUGUUAUGACAAAUAAAGUAUUAGAUUACAAAAAUAUUUCAUAAGUAUAAUUUAAUGAAGAAAAUAGUAAUAUUGAUUUAAGUACUCAAAUGUUUUAAUUUGAUCCCUAUCAACAUAUUAAUAAAACCUAUGAAAUUUAAAUUUUAUGCAGGUUUUCAGAUGAAAGUGAAGAAUUGCAAUAUAAUCUAUAAGUUAAAAGUUUUUUUUGUCAAUUAGGUGAGUUUUAUGCUGAGAAUGGUUGUUAAAUUUGUGAAUCAAAUUAAGGUUAUUAUUCUGUAAUUUAUAAUACAACAAAAUGUUCGCUUUUUGAUAAAAAUAAAUUUUAAGCAAUAACUUCAAAUAAUAUUGAAUUGCAAAAAGGAUAUUGGAGACCAAACUUUUUAUGUGAUAUAAUUGAUUAGUGUUUUAAAAAUAUGUAAUUUUGUAAAGGUGGAUGGACAGUUGGAGAUGAUCUUUGUACUUUUGGACAUAUAGGUGGAUUAUGUGAAUAAUGUGAUAAAUAUAAUAUUAGAGGAGAUGGAUCUUUUUUUUAAAAUGAAUAGACUUUAGAAUGUUUUGAUUGUAAUGAUUUAAGCAAUAGUAUUUUGGCUUUUCUUCUCACAUCUAUUUGGUAAUAUAUUUAUUAAAUUUAUAUAUUUAGGGCUUUACUAAUCAAUCUUAUAACAGUAAGAAGCAUUUAAAAUACUAAUAAAAGAUAUACUUCAUAUUAAUUAAGUUAAAGAUUCGGAUAUAUUCUUUUUAAACUUAAUCUAGGUAUUUAUUUAUUUCAUUAUUUAGAUCAAGAGAGUAUUUUACUUAAGUUAUUUUUAAAUUAUUUGUGGAUCUUCUCAAUUAUUUUUACCUUUAAUACAAAUUUCACUUUUAAUUUUAUUAGCAGAGCUAAUGAUACAUCCUAUUUUAUGGCUAGUACUUUAGAUUGUUAACUUAUUGAAAUUUUUAAUUUCGAAUUAAUAUAUAGUCGCAUUAUGGCAAGUUAUGUAUUAAUCUUAUGUUAAGUAAUCUUAAUUUAAAUUAUAUUUAAUUUAUUUACUCUAGUUUCUUAAAGCAAAGUUGAUUCUAACUUAAUCUCAAUUACUAUUCUUUAUUUAUUUAUUCAAAAUUAUACUGCUUUAAUUAAAUAGUAACUAAACAAUUAUACUUAGGCUUUUCUCAAUUUUAGCAAAAAGAUAGAUCUCUAAUUUAGAUUAUAUAUAAGGAGAUGUAUCUUUAUAAUAUGGUCAAAAUAAUCAUCUGAACUGGAUUUUUUUAUUUGCUAUACCAGCUUUAGCAAUAAUAGGUGUAGUAUUACCUUUUUCAUUACUAAUAAUUUUGUACAUUAAGAAGAAUAAUUUAAAUUAAAUUAAAUUCAGAAGACAUAUUGGAUAUUUAUUUAAUGAAUAUACAAUUCAAAAUUAUUAUUGGGAAUGGGUUAAAUUAUGGAAGAAAACCGUAAUAAUAAUAUUAUUAAUUUAUUUUGAAACUUAAGUAAUAUUAAAAGGAACCUUGAUAGGAAUAACUUUAGUGUUUUAUUAAUUGUUUGCUCUCAAAUUUUCACCAUAUAUUAAUUAGAAAUUAAAUAAAUUAGAUGUUAAAGCUGGAUAAUAUUGUUUACUUUCUAUUAAUUUAGCUGUAGUAAAAUAUAUUUGCGAUUAAUAAGACAAUUAUUUUAUCUCACAAAUUACAUCAAUUUUUAUAAUAAUUAUAUGUAUCAAAUUAAGUGUUCCUUUUGUUUUUAGUAUUAUUAGAACAUAUUAUCGAAAACAUAAGAUUUAUAUGGUUACUCUUAUUUUAAAAUUACUUAAAAAAUAAACUAUUUAUCGAAAGAUCACUCUAAUUUUUAGUGCUAAAUUAGAAUCUUGGAGAUAAUAUGAAGUAAGAUUGAAAUAAAAUAUUCAAAAAUUAAGAAAAAUUUAUAUUUCUAAAAGAAAUUAAGACUCUUAAGGGUAUUAUUUUCCUUUAUUAAUUUAGGAAAUAACGAAUUUUCACUCGUUAUACAACUAUGAUAAAGUAUCCAUAAAUAAAUACAGAAACUAACUAUGAAGAUUAAGUUAAGUAGGCAUUAAAUACAAGUGUAAAAUGA